GAAAAACUUCAUUCAUGCGAAAAAUCAAUACUGUUGGAAUUCGGAAAGAUAUUUAAAAGAUUCAACUCAAACAAGCUCUCAGCUAUGCAUUACUCAAACGUGAUUCGCAACCGUUGCAUUAGGCAUAAAUCAACGUUUUUGGCAGAAGGAUGGGCAAAUGGGCAUGAUCCAACAGACAAUGACUUUACAUUACCAAAAAAAAUUUUCCCUCCUCAUCUUGCUUGCAAACUAAGAGAACGGAAUCACAGCUUCGGUAAAGUUUCCAAAUUGAAGCCCUGGAGUAGCGAACAAAUAUGUAUGAUGAAGUAUAUUGAGCACACAGUCAAACGGCUUCUAUCCUGCAGCAAAUGGACGUCAAGUGCAGCAUCAUCUACACGGAAGCUGCACAAUGGAUGUGCAGAGUGGACCGCUUCGGAUGUGAAAGCAUGGACAACUCUGGAGCCAUUUAAAUUACAAGAGUGAAAGAGGAUUCCUUCACGCUGUACGUUGAUGUACGUGUUUCAAGAGUUUUCCGAUUUUCUUGAAGAACCAUUGGAAACUGAAGAGAACAUUUUUUCUGUAUGAUUACAAUUAAAAUUCUCUCACAUUACCGAACAGAAACAACUCAUGACUAACGGUCACGGUGUUCAUUCUUCCAGAUCACGAGCCGUCACUUUCUCGUCUAUAAACUUUCAACUUUUGACCAUUUUUUUUCGUGACUAAUCGUUAUGGUCGAAACAACAUCACAACUUUUUCCCGCUCACGUCAAAUUGCCACUAACACGAAGAAGAGAUUCGGUUACGGCUC